AUGUUGACUGUCCAUAAAAUGCAUUUUAGCAUCUUCCUGCUGUUCUGGGGAUGGGUUUUAUCCACUGAAUGCAGAGUCCACCGACAAGGAAAAGAGAUACACGAGGUAUACAAAAAAGGCAGCCGACUCCAGCGGCAGAGACGAGAAGCCCACGGCGAGGCACACAAGCAGGGCAGUAGUCCUAUCCUAAAGCGAAGCCCUGACAUCACCAAAUCUCCACUGACAAAGUCAGAACAGCUGCUGCGAAUAGAUGACCAUGACUUCAGCAUGAGACCAGGUUUUGGAGGCCCUGCAAUUCCUGUAGGGGUGGAUGUCCAAGUUGAAAGUCUGGACAGCAUUUCUGAGGUGGAUAUGGACUUCACCAUGACACUUUAUCUGAGGCACUACUGGAAAGACGAGAGAUUGUCCUUCCCCAGCACCAACAACCAAAGCAUGACAUUUGACGGCAGGCUGGUGAAGAAGAUCUGGGUUCCUGACAUGUUCUUUGUCCACUCCAAACGUUCCUUCAUCCAUGACACCACCACUGACAAUGUCAUGCUGCGGGUCCAGCCAGAUGGGAAGGUACUUUAUAGCCUCAGGGUUACAGUAACAGCAAUGUGCAACAUGGAUUUUAGUCGCUUUCCCCUGGACACACAGACGUGCUCCCUGGAGAUUGAAAGCUAUGCUUACACAGAAGAUGACCUCAUGCUCUACUGGAAGAAUGGAAAUGAUUCCCUAAAAACGGAUGAGAGGAUAUCGCUGUCCCAGUUCCUGAUACAGGAGUUCCACACUACCACAAAACUUGCCUUUUAUAGCAGCACAGGAUGGUACAAUCGCCUCUACAUCAACUUCACCUUGCGUCGACACAUCUUCUUCUUCUUGCUCCAAACCUAUUUCCCCGCCACUCUCAUGGUUAUGCUGUCCUGGGUGUCUUUCUGGAUUGACCGUCGAGCAGUUCCUGCCAGAGUCCCUUUAGGGAUCACCACUGUGCUGACCAUGUCUACGAUCAUCACUGGGGUGAACGCCUCCAUGCCCCGCGUUUCCUACAUCAAAGCAGUGGACAUUUACCUGUGGGUCAGUUUUGUGUUCGUCUUCCUCUCAGUGCUGGAAUAUGCAGCAGUGAAUUACCUGACCACGGUGCAAGAGAGAAAGGAGAGGAAACUCCGGGAUAAGCUCCCCUGUGCGUGCAGCCUUCCUCAGCCCCGGCCCAUGAUGAUGGAUGGCAGCUUCAACGACGGUGACGUGAAUGAGUUGGGGCACUACGUGUCCGAGAACGGAGACAAGCAGGACAGAAUGAUGGUGCAGCUGGCACUGGGGUCUGAGAGGGGCUCGGGCAGGAGGAAAAACCAGAGAUACGUCAGCAUGCGGAUCGACACCCACGCCAUCGACAAGUACUCCAGGAUAAUAUUCCCUGGCGCAUACAUUCUAUUUAACUUGAUAUACUGGUCCAUUUUUUCAUAA